AUGCAGAACAGCCCAAACUUCCCGCGCAACCUCGACAUAAAGCCUUCCGAAGCACCCGUCGUCGGGGAGGAUACACAGUCUGUUUGCAUCUCCAAAAGCUCUGGCAUUAACGUCGGCUCGGACGGCCGAUUCGAUUACGCUGCGCAGGAAAAUGCAAUUCGCAGAUAUGGCAUAGCCGGCCGUGUCUGGGAAGCGUCGUACGCCAUACUCGCCUACGUCGACCGCCCUCCCCACGGGGAAACAGAUGUGGAGUUUGAUCCACCGCCAUUUACAAACUCGCGUUUGUCACGUCGUCUGACUGUCCUCGAACUUGGUUCCGGGACCGGGCUGGUGGCUUCCCGCAUCGCAGACCGCUGCGCCCUCGAAGAACAACACCAUCUCGUCGUCGCGACUGACCUGCCCGAGGUGUGCCCGCUCCUCGAGAGUAACCUCUACAGACACCAGUCGGUGCGCGUCCGGCCCCUCGCAUGGGGAAAUCGCGCACACACGCUCGACAUCGCGUCCGAUCUCGCUCUGCCCGGGACUGCCCCACCGAGUGCGGGGUCACCCCGCUACCCCACUCACAUCGUCUGCAGCGAUCUGGUAUACUUCCCCGCGCUACUUGCGCCGCUCCUGCGCACGCUCCUGCACCUCACAUCUCCACCGUUCGUCCCUCCAGAGGGCGCGCCCGCACAGGCAGUGCUCUCGUACAGAAUCCGCAGUCUCGUGAAAGAGACACCUUUCUGGUCCGCGUUUGGGCUCUGGUUCUCGUUCGCGCCAGUGUUUGUGAAGAGCGGGGAGGGAUGGAGCCGCUUUGUCCCUGUAGCCGGUGACGACGAGACGUUUGUAUUUGUUGCAGAGCGGAGGCCUGAGUCUCGCCGCUGGGUGGUUCCUGAAGAUGAUCGGGAGUUGUUGAAUGGAGUCGGUGCGCGGGGAACGAAUGAGGGUAAGGCGGACGAUACAUUUGAGACGAUAUUAUUUAUGGGGAUGGGUCUAGGCAAGGACGAAUAA